AUGUACAGCUUUAUGGGAGGAGGGCUCUUCUGUGCUUUUGUGGGGAACAUCCUCCUGGUGGUCUCCACGGCUACCGACUACUGGAUGCAGUAUCGCCUGUCUGGCAGCUUGGCUCACCAGGGCCUAUGGCGGUACUGCUUGUCUGGCAAGUGCUACACGCAGAUGGACAGCAUAGCGUACUGGAAUGCCACCAGGGCCUUCAUGAUCCUGUCAACCAUGUCGUGUUUCGCAGGGAUCAUCGCAGGCAUCCUGUCGUUCUUUCACUUCUCUGCUUUUGAGAGGUUCAACCGUUCCUUUGCUGCAGGGAUCAUGUUUUUUGCUUCAACCCUCUUUCUUCUGCUCGCCAUGGCUAUCUACACGGGGGUGACGGUUAACUUCCUGGGCCAACGCUUUGGUGACUGGCGCUUCUCCUGGUCAUACAUAUUAGGCUGGGUCACCUUGCCCAUGACCUUCUUUGCAGGGAUAUUUUACGUGUGUGCCUACAGGAUGCAGGAGUGUAUGAGAGUGGCUGGCUCACUCUAGGGAGCCAUAAAAAAAAAAAAGAGGAAAA